AUGGUUGGGAAGUCCCUGAUUGCUGGUCUGGUGGUCCUUCUGGUGGCUGCAGUGAGCCUGUUUCUGGGGGUGUUCAUGGGCCUGGGGAGGAAAAGCACUCCUCCUCCUUCAGACCACUUCUACUCGAAGGCUGCUGUAGCUGCUGAUGCUGGAAAGUGUUCAGAAGUGGGAAGGGACAUUUUGAAGAAAAACGGCACAGCUGUGGAUGCUUCCAUUGCUGCCUUGCUGUGUGUUGGGCUUUUGAACGCUCAUAGCAUGGGCAUCGGAGGAGGCCUUUACUUUAUAAUAUAUAAUGCUUCCACAGGGAAGGUGGAAACCAUUGAUGCGAGGGAGACAGCCCCCAUGAACGCCACCGAAGACAUGUUCGGCAACAACACCAAGCUUUCUCGUACAGGUGGAUUGUCCAUAGCCAUCCCAGGAGAGAUUCGUGGUUAUGAGAUGGCACACAAAAGGCACGGCAGGCUUCCAUGGAGGGAGCUGUUCGAGCCCAGCAUUGCUUUGGCUCGUGAUGGCUUUCCCAUCGGGAAAGCCUUGGCUCACGCCAUCUUCAAGAGCAGAGAAUCCAUUCAAGAAGACGCCAACAUGUGCGAGGUGUUUUGUGACUCUCAAAAACAAAUCCUGAAAGAAAAUGACAUUGUUAGAUUCCCAAAGCUGGCUGACACGUACCAGAAAAUAGCAGAAGAGGGGCCUGAUGUGUUUUACAACGGGACGAUGGCUCAGAGUAUCGUUGAAGACAUCCAGGCAGCAGGUGGCAUUAUCACCCUCGAUGAUUUGUUGGAGUACCAGCCGUUGCUGAAUGAAAACCCUCUGACGCUGAAUGUUGGGGAUUACACCAUCCAUGUCCCGGAUGCCCCCUCCAGCGGCCCUGUGUUGGCCCUCAUCCUCAACAUAGUGGAUGGGUACAACUUCACAGACACCAGUGUUUCUACAGCCGAGGAAAAAACUCUGACGUACCAUCGCAUCGUUGAGGCUUUUCGUUUUGCUUACGCCAAGAGAAGCAGACUGGGAGACCCUCGAUAUCUCAACAUCACCGAUCUAAUCCAAAACAUGACCUCAGACUAUUUUGCCGAUGGCAUAAGGAGUAAAAUUACAGAUGACACCACCCACCCUGACAGCUACUACGAGCCUGAAUAUUUCAUCCCAGAGAACCACGGCACAGCUCACCUGUCUGUCAUAGCUGAGGAUGGAAGUGCCGUCGCAGCCACCAGUACGAUUAAUCUCUACUUUGGGUCUAAAGUCAUGUCUCGAUCCACUGGAAUAAUUUUCAACGAUGAAAUGGACGACUUCAGCUCUCCUCACAUGAUCAAUGGAUUUGGAAUCCCACCUUCACCCAACAACUUCAUCCAGCCAGGCAAAAGGCCUCUGUCGUCCAUGUGUCCUACAAUAAUCUUUGACAAAGAAAACAGAGUGAAAAUGGUUGUAGGAGCAUCCGGGGGCACAAAAAUCACCACAGCCACCGCCUUAGUAAGUCAGAGUCAGUUACAGUUCCUGUAGAUUUUCCUGCUACGGUACGAGAGCUGAACUUCUGUCUUGAAACAGGUUAUCCUGAACUCUUUGUUCUUUAACUACGACCUGAGAAAAGCUGUGAUGGAGCCACGAGUUCACAACCAGCUCAACCCGAACAUGACGGUGGUGGAGCAGGGCUUCGAAAAGAGUGUCCUGGAGGGGCUGGCCCAGAAGAACCAUAUAACCCAGCUGCUGAGUACUCCAGACUCUGUCGUCCAGGCCGUGGUGCGGCAGGGGGAGCGUCUCUGUGCAGAGUCUGACCCCAGGAAAGGAGGCUAUCCAGCUGGAUAUUAA